AUGCCUCCACAAAGCACAGAACAACCCAGUCCAAGUCUCAAGCAGACACUCAGAAAUCGACAUCUGAGCCGCAAUCGCCCGUCAUGUCUGCCUUGCAGGGAACGAAAGGUCAGAUGCACCAAGGAGGUGCCAUGUUCAACUUGCAUCAAGCGUGGCCAUCCAGACCUGUGCACGUACAGGGACUCUGCAGCGCGACAACCGCAGCAUCACCAUUCUCCCCAAGGACCACCGAGAGUCAGCCCAGCCACAUCACAAAAUACGCGGCACCCACAGAGGGGUGUUUCAGUGGAACCAUCCAGUCCAUACGACCCGCAGAUCAGUACGGCAAAGAAUGUUCAAUAUGAAAAUACCGCUAAAGACAGCACAGGUAUACAGGACCCGAAUGAACAAGUCGCAAAUUCCAGUCUGUUAGACGACAACUCCUUAGUGGCCAUUACCAGACCGCACUCUUCGGCUACAACAGACAACCCAGAUCGAACAAUUGCCUUUCAGGCCGGCAUAUUACCCCUCCUGGGCGCUACUCCCGAGGAAAGACCUUCAGAUACCUCUCCAUACUCGAGGGCGGCCCUCUACAACGGUUUCCCAGAUGAUCAGCUUAUCCUCGAGCUAUUCGACGUGUAUCGCUCCCGAGUCCAUCCAUUUCAUGCCAUUACCUACAACCUAGACGAAAUUGAGCAGAAGCUGUGCGUCUUCAUCAACGAUCGAGAAAGUGGUGCCAGUGCCAGCUCACCUAGAUCCUUACAAGAGUCCCAUUGGCUAUGUCUACUGCAUGCCAUACUAGCGUCAGGGGCGCAAUUUUCGGAUUUCAACUUACAGCGUCGUUCUGAAGUGUCUCAAAACCAUAUCAAGCUUGCCUUUGAGGCGCUCAGGUCGACGGAUUACAUGGCUCGACCAUCCAAAUUCACACUCCAAACUCUUCUUCUACUUGGAAGCGCUCUACAGAAUGACAUGAAACCCCAAGCAGCGUGGGUUCUUGGAGGUACCACCAUACGCCUAGCCCAAUGCCUAGGGGUCCACAAACCAUCUAGAAGACGCUCUCACUCUUUAAUUUCGUCCCAAGAGGCAUCAUCCCUCCGUAUGGCCAUUGUAUGGCAAGAUUCUUUGCUGUCGUUGGCUUUCGAUCGUUCCCCAGGCUCCUAUGAUAUGGAUCAUGAAGACGACCUACAGAAAUUGGAUAAUGCCGCAAGCAGUGAGGGACUCGGAUACCGGCCUGCCAUGAACUGGUUGUGCCACAUUUCAUUGAAAUAUCUAUCUCGCAAGUCGACGACAGGGUCUAGUCCUGACCCGAAGUCGAUAUUCCAUGACAUGGAGUUGGUCGAAAAUGCUCUGCUAGGUCACCUCAAAAAUCGGUCGUCUUGCACAUCUAUUCGACAGGUCCAGGAAUUUUUUGCGUUCUCACUUCAUAAGAAUUUUGUCGUUGCUACGCUUUGUCGCUCGUUCGUAUCAGUCAUCAGACCACCGGUCGAGUCGACAAACGGUGGAAGUGUGAUCGGUCGCUUCCAAGAGGCUCUGAAGAGUAGCGCCAGGGCAUAUGUUCGCCUACGGCAUGUUGCUGGCUACGCAAGACGCUCUUGGGCGUCGAUCCAUAACGGACUAUCAUCGGUCCUUCUAUUAAGUCUUAUGAAAGAAACGAGAAACACUGCGGAUACUCGGGAGCUUCAAAUUGAGUUGAUCAAUAGUCUUGUCGAAGCAGAUGCUGGCUCCGAAUCUGUUGGAGGAAUAGACUCCACUGCACAUCAACUUUCCGACACGCAUAAAAGAGCUCUAGAUGCGCUCAAAAGACUCAAAAGCAUGUCAGACCAGGAUAGAAACACCGAGAUAUCCCGAAACCCUCCGGAAGGUGGUUCAGAUGAGAUGAAUACAUUUCCCAAUGAAAUCGAUGCAUCUGCGUCGUCGGAUUAUUUUACUCAACUAGAGUAA